UAUAAAAAUAAAUAUUUAUAAAAUUGUGAACGAAUACUAUAUGAAUGAUAGGAUACUAAAAUAACACGGGUUUGAUGCCCUGUGUGUUGCUGUUGUUCCUGCUCUGAAUGAGUGUGCAGAAAUAGACCCCAGUAUUUUUAGGGGGUGGUGGGGGAGAGAGUUCCUGCUGUCACAUGUCUCGAGCGGGCGGAGGGGUACACGAAACCCCUUCACAGUCCCUUCAGCUGUAAAACUCCUGUGUUUCAUUGCUAUAUCAGCUUCUGUGAGAGAGUGUUUACAGCAUCUGCGCCGCAGCGCUGGAGUUUCUCCCACAUUCAGCUCGUAUCAGUGCGCGCGGAUCUACUUUCUCACGCGGAGGAGUCCGGCAGCGCUCCGAGAAGUUGCCUGGAGUGAAUCUGACCGGCUGAAGAGGGAGAGAUUCACGAGCAUUCGCGGAAUAUCGGUGUCUAACGGGACACACAACUCGGGAGGAACAGAACACAAACACAACUCUUUAUCUGCGCCUCCUCCUCCUCCUCUUCCUCCUCUUCCUCCUGUCCUCUCAGUGUUGGUGCUGGAGAAUGGCGCAGAUUUUACCCAUCCGCUUUCAGGAGCAUCUGCAGCUGCAGUCUCUGGGCGUGAGUCCGGCCGGGAUCAGCUUCAGUUGCCUGACCAUGGAGUCGGACCGCUUCAUCUGCAUCCGGGAGAAGGUGGGCGAGCAGAACCAGGUGAUCAUCAUCGACCUGAGCGACCCGACCAACCCCAUCCGCCGGCCCAUCACAGCCGACAGCGCCAUCAUGAACCCGGCCAGCAGGGUCAUCGCCCUCAAAGAUGCGGAGCGAACGCUUCAGAUCUUCAACAUGGAGAUGAAGAGUAAAGUGAAGGCUCACACCAUGACGGAUGAAGUCCUGUUCUGGAAGUGGAUCUCCGUCAACACCAUCGCCCUGGUUACGGACACGGCCGUCUAUCAUUGGAGCAUGGAGGGAGACUCUCAGCCAAUCAAGAUGUUCGACCGGCACGCCAGUCUCGCUGGAUGUCAGAUCAUAAACUACAGAACCGACGAGCAGCAGAAGUGGCUCCUGCUCAUCGGGAUAUCAGCGCAGCAGAACCGGGUGAUCGGUGCGAUGCAGUUGUUCUCCGUGGACCGGAAGGUUUCUCAGCCCAUCGAGGGUCACGCCGCGGCGUUUGGACUUUAUAAACUGGAGGGAAACUCAAACGCCUCAACGCUCUUCUGCUUCGCUGUCAGAGGACAGGCUGGAGGAAAGCUGCACAUCAUCGAGGUCGGCCAGCCUCAGACUGGGAACCAGCCGUUCACUAAGAAAGCGGUGGAUGUGUUUUUCCCUCCUGAAGCACAGACAGACUUUCCUGUAGCCAUGCAGAUCGGUCUGAAGCACGGCGUCAUCUACCUCGUCACUAAAUACGGCUACUUUCACAUGUAUGAUCUGGAGUCGGGUGUGUGUAUAUACAUGAACCGCAUCAGCGCUGAAACUAUAUUCGUCACGGCGGGUCAUGAGAGCACGUCUGGGAUCAUCGGGGUUAAUAAGAAGGGGCAGGUCCUGUCGGUGUGUGUUGAGGAGGAGAACAUUGUAAAUUACGUGACUAGUGUGCUCCAGAAUCCCGAGCUGGCGUUACGGAUGGCGUUACGCAGUGAUCUUCCCGGAGCCGAGGAGCUGUUGACACACAAGUUCAACACACUCUUCUCACAGGGCAGCUACACGGAGGCGGCCAAAGUCGCUGCGUCGGCUCCCAAGGGUGUCUUGCGUACGGCGGACACCAUCCGCAGGUUCCAGGCGGUGCCGGCUCAGGGCACGCAGGCGUCUCCGUUACUGCAGUAUUUCGGGGUUCUGCUGGACCGCGGGCAGCUCAAUAAGCUGGAGUCGGUGGAGCUCUGCAGGCCGGUGCUGCAACAGGGACGCAAACAGCUCCUCGAGAAGUGGCUCAAGGGAGAGAAGCUGGAGUGCUCGGAGGAGUUGGGUGAUCUGGUGAAGGCCGCUGACAUCACUCUGGCCCUCAGCGUUUAUCUCCGCGCGAAUGUUCCUGCUAAAGUCAUUCAGUGCUUUGCUGAGACCGGUCAAUUCCAGAAGAUAGUUCUCUAUGCUAAGAAGAUGGGAUAUUCUCCAGACUGGGUGAUGUUGUUGAGGACUGUGAUGAGAUCCGGACCGGAUCAGGGGCUUCAGUUUGCUCAGAUGCUGGUCCAGGAUGAAGAACCGCUGGUCAACAUCAGCCAGGUGGUUGAUGUCUUCAUGGAGGCUCCGCUAGUGCAGCAGUGUACUUCAUUCCUAUUGGACGCUCUGAAGAGCAACCGGCCGGAGGAGGGGCCUCUUCAGACACGCCUCCUGGAGAUGAACCUCAUCCACGCCCCUCAGGUCGCAGAUGCGAUCCUGGGUAAUCAGAUGUUCACACACUACGACCGCGCUCACAUCGCUCAGCUGUGUGAGAAAGCCGGUUUACUGCAGAGGGCGCUGGAGCAUUACACCGACCCCUACGACAUCAAACGAACCAUCGUACACACACACCUGCUCAACCCAGAGUGGUUGUUGAAUUUCUUCGGCUCUCUGUCUGUCGGCGACUCAGUGGAGUGUUUGCGAGCGAUGCUGGCGGCAAACCUGCGGCAGAACCUGCAGUUGAGCGUUCAGGUCGCGACCAAGUACCACGAGCAGCUGGGCACGCAAACACUGGUGGAGCUGUUCGAGUCCUUUAAGAGUUACGAGGGCCUGUUUUAUUUUCUGGGAUCUAUCGUGAACUUCAGUCAAGACCCAGAUGUGCAUUUCAAAUACAUCCAGGCGGCGUGUAAGACGGGCCAGAUCAAAGAGGUGGAGCGCAUCUGUCGAGAGAGCAACUGCUACGACGCCGAGCGCGUCAAGAACUUCCUCAAGGAAGCCAAGCUCACCGAUCAGCUUCCUCUCAUCAUCGUGUGCGACCGCUUCGACUUCGUCCACGAUCUGGUUCUGUACCUGUACCGCAACAGCCUGCAGAAAUACAUCGAGAUCUACGUGCAGAAGGUGAACCCCAGCCGGCUGCCGGUGGUGGUCGGGGGUCUGCUGGACGUCGACUGCUCCGAGGACACCAUUAAGAGUCUGAUCCUGGCCGUACGAGGAGAUUUCAGCACCGACCAGCUGGUGGAGGAAGUGGAGAAAAGAAACCGCCUGAAGCUGCUCUUGUCCUGGCUGGAAUCUCGAGUUCAGGAUGGCUGUGAAGAACCUGCUACCCACAAUGCCUUGAUGAAGAUCUACAUAGACAGUAACAACAGUCCUGAGCGCUUCCUCCGAGAGAACCUGCACUACGACAGCGCCAACGUGGGCCGAUACUGCGAGAAGAGGGAUCCGCACCUGGCCUUCGUGUGCUAUGAGAGAGGACAGUGUGACCGGGAGCUCAUACAGGUGUGCAAUGAGAACUCGUUGUUUAAGAGCGAGUCUCGGUACCUGGUGCGCCGGAAAGACCCGGAUCUGUGGGCUGAGGUUUUGCAGGAGUCAAACCCCUACAGACGGCCACUGAUCGACCAGGUGGUUCAGACGGCUCUGCCGGAGACGCAGGAUCCCGAGGAAGUGUCUGUGACGGUGAAGGCGUUCAUGACGGCGGAUUUGCCCAACGAGCUCAUCGAACUCCUGGAGAAGAUCGUUCUGGACAACUCCAUAUUUAGCGAGCACAGAAACCUGCAGAACCUGCUGAUACUGACGGCCAUUAAAGCGGACCGCACGCGGGUCAUGGAGUACAUCAACCGCCUGGACAACUACGACGCUCCUGACAUCGCUAACAUCGCCAUCAGCAACGAGCUGUACGAAGAGGCCUUCUCCAUCUUUAAGAAGUUUGACGUCAACACCUCAGCGAUACAAGUUCUGAUCGAGCACAUUGGGAAUCUGGACCGGGCGUAUGAGUUUGCGGAGCGGUGUGGGGAGGGUUCGGUGUGGAGUCAGCUCGCUCAGGCUCAGCUUCAGAGAGAUCUGGUUAAAGAAGCCAUCGACUCGUACAUCAAAGCUGGAGAACCGGCGGCGUACAUGGAGGUGGUGCAGGCCGCCAGUAAGAACGGUAACUGGGAGGAUCUGGUGAAGUUUCUUCAAAUGGCGAGAAGUAAAGCCAGAGAGUCUUACGUCGAGACGGAGCUCAUCUUUGCGCUGGCUAAAACAAACCGUCUCACUGAACUGGAGGACUUCAUCAACGGGCCAAACAACGCUCACAUACAGCAGGUUGGCGAGAGGUGUUAUGAAGACUGCAUGUUUGAAGCCGCCCGUCUGCUCUUUAAUAACGUGUCUAAUUUCGCUCGUCUGGCGUCUACGCUCGUUCACCUCGGAGAGUUUCAGGCGGCCGUCGACAGCGCACGCAAGGCCAGCUGCACUCGCACCUGGAAAGAGGUGUGUUUUGCGUGUGUGGAUGGAGAGGAGUUCCGGUUAGCGCAGAUCUCCGGCCUUCACAUCGUCACUCAUGCUGACGAACUGGAGGAACUCAUUAACUACUAUCAGGAUCGUGGGUAUUUCGAGGAGCUGAUCGUGCUGUUGGAGGCGGCGUUGGGCUUGGAGCGCGCUCACAUGGGCAUGUUCACUGAGCUGGCCAUCCUCUACUCCAAGUACAAACCCCAGAGGAUGAGGGAACAUCUGGAGCUCUUCUGGUCUCGAGUCAACAUCCCCAAGGUGUUGCGAGCGGCUGAACAGGCUCAUCUGUGGGCGGAGCUUGUGCUCCUGUACGAUAAAUACGAGGAGUUUGACAAUGCCAUCCUGACGAUGAUGAAACACCCGACAGACGCCUGGAGAGACGCGUCCUUCAAAGAGCUCAUCAGCAAGGUGGCGAAUGUGGAGCUGUAUUAUAAAUCUCUGCAGUUUUAUCUGGACUAUAAACCGCUUCUGCUCAAUGAUCUGCUGUCUGUGCUCACUCCUCGACUGGACCACAGCCGAGCCGUCAGCUUCUUCAGCAGGGUGAACCAGUUACGACUGGUUAAACCGUAUCUCAGAUCAGUGCAAAGGAACAACAACCGCGCCGUGAACGAAGCGCUCAACGCCCUGCUGACGGAGGAGGAGGACUAUCAGGGUCUGCGCGCCUCCAUCGACGCGUACGACAGCUUCGACUCCAUCGCUUUGGCUCAGAGACUGGAGACGCACGAGCUCAUCGAGUUCAGACGCAUCGCUGCGUAUCUGUACAAGAGCAACCAGCGCUGGGCUCAAAGCAUUCAGCUCUGCAAGAAAGACAAGCUUUACAAGGAUGCGAUGCAGUUCGCGGCCGAGUCUCAGGACGGCGCUCAGGCUCAGGAUCUCUUGCGCUGGUUUGUGGAAGAGGGAAAGCGUGAGUGUUUCGCUGCGUGUCUCUUCAGCUCGUAUGAUCUUCUGGCUCCUGACGUGGUCCUGGAACUGGCCUGGAAACACGGACUCGUGGACUUCGCCAUGCCUUACUUCAUUCAGGUGAUGAGGGAGUACCUGAGCAAGGUGGAUGAAUUAUCCGGACUGGUGAAGGUGGAUAAACUGCAGGAGGACGAGAACAAGAGAGCGUCUGAAGACGAGACUCCCGAAUCCUCCGCCAUAGUCUACGGGCAACAGCUGAUGCUGAACGGCGGUCAGACAGCAGUCACACCCCAGCCGGGUUUCCCGAGCUACGGAUACGCUCCUCCUGUGUACGGCUUCAACCUUCAGCCUUAAGUCCCAUGCAUUCCUACCGCUAGGAAUUCUGGGAAACGUGUGCCUGUGACACCGAAGCUCGGCUGCUGCUUUCAGGAAGCAUGAAAACUGUAUCUCAGCAAUCACACACACACACGCCGCACGAAACGCUCCUAAACACGCGUGUUGUUCAUGCAACAAGCUGCUCGUUAACUACAUAUCGCACUGACGAUGAGAGGAAAGACAUAAACGACACUACUGGUGUGAACGCUAGUGAGAGUGAACGCUACGAUGUUUUUAGUGACCGUUCUUGCUUUUUUUGUUUUUUUUUUAAUUCUCCAGUAUUAACUUUGUUUACAUUUUAAGUGGUACUAAGUUUCAUUUGUACAAUGUGAAAAACGUCCCGCCCUCUCCGUCUUGACCGUUUACUAGGUCACUGUAGUUGUGCAUGAUCAUCAGUGUUACUGCGAGCCAUAUGCACUGUCUGUUGUGUAAUGUUAUAGUAAAGAGAGACAUUAAUUUUUUAGUAAAACAAUAUGCACAAAAAAAAACCCCACAAAAAGUGAGGAUGCUUGGGUUGCUCAGUGUUGUGUAGUGACUCAGAUUGAAGAGUCAAGAAUAAAGUUUACAUUUCAUGUGC